AUGGAUUCUUGUCAAAAAGUUCACCAUUAAAAUAACAAAAUUAUUGGGAUUUGCCAAUUAUGUAAGUAGAGUUAUUUGAGUUGUAAUCUUUGUUUUGCUGAAAUCCAUUACAAGCAUAAUGAAGAUUUUUUAAUUAUUGACAAUAUUCUCUUAAUAGUUGAAUAAAUAUUGCUAAAAAUUGAAAUGGCAAAAUAAUAUAUGGCAUUCAAAAACUUAAUAACUAAUUAACAAUUUAAUUCAUUUCUUCAAACAAAAUACACUUCACUUUAAAUUGUCAAAUCCCAUCUUAUAAAUUAAAAUUUACAAAAACUAUUAAACUUUGAAUUUCUUACAACAAUAAAUUAAGAUUUCAUUUUAUAGGAUAUCUUAACAGAAUUAAUUUUAUAGUCUUAGUUCUUUAAUAAUGAGUAGAUAAAUAAUAUAAAAUAGAUUUUUGAUAGUCUAUUCCAAGAAGUUUAAGAAGAACAUUUAAUAAUACUCAUGUUUGAUAAAAGUAUGUUUUACAUUCAUUUAUAAGGCUGCUUAUUAUAUUCAAUUCAAAAAUAUGAAGAAGCAUUUUAAGUUUCUAACACCUUAUUAAAAUUAACAUAAAAAAAAUAUUUUAUAACCAAAAAUAUUUAAGAUUUUAGUCAGGGAAUUAUAUUGAAAUCUACGAAUACUAAAUGGAAUAUAGAGUGUUUAUUUGGAAGAAAUCUAUAUAUAAUUAAAGAAUACAAAAAGAGUCUUGAUUUCUUUAAGAAAUUAAGUGAUAACAAAAAGGAUUAAUAAAUUCUCAAAGAAUGUUAUAUAUAUAUCAGUCUUAACUUAAUCUAAAUGAAUAAAUAUGAAGAAGCUUUAAAUUAUCUUAGUAUUUAUAAUUAAAUAGACCCAAUGAAUUUAAUAAUAAAAUUUUUUGAAGGUAAUCUUGUAAUUUAACUGUUUAGGAUUUGCUUUAGAAAGAUUCGGGAAUUUAGAUUAUGCUCUAGAAAAAUAUAAAUUAAUUUCUUAAACAACAAAUGAAUCCUUUUAUAAUCUACUCUAUGGUAAUUAAGUUGAAAAUAUAUAGGAAAAAUAUUACUUAAUUGCAAUAAGUUUAAAUAAGCUAAUGAACUAUUUGAGAAAAUCCUUUAGCAUAGGAAUUUUACUGAGAUUGUCUAAAUUUACAAAUGUAUAAAUUUACAUUAAUAAAGGUUUGACUUUAUUGAAUGAAAGUUAAAUGGAAUUAGCUCUGAAAUAAUCAGAAAUGUUGAUUGAUACUAAUAAAAAUAGUGUUUAUGGAUAUCUAUUGAAAGGUAAUUAAUAAAUUGAUUUGAAUAAUAAUAGGAAUUAUUUUACAUAUGUAAGAUAAAACAUAAGAAGUUAAUAUCAUAAGCGAUUAGAUAAAUUAAUAUUUCACUAAUAAUAUUUGGAAUUAUUUUUUUUAAAGUUAUAGUUCUUAUGUUUAUAAUAGGUUAUAUUUUAACUUUAGACAAUAAAUAUGAACAAGCAUAGAUAUAUUUAGAUAAUAUAUAGGGUGUGAACCAUGAUCUUCUAUUUUUAAAAGCUUUAUUCUUACUUAGGCUUAAUAAAAUACAAGACGCUUUUGAUAUUAUUUAGUAAUUGAAUAAGGAAGAUUAUUAUUGUGCUCUCUUAAAAGAAGCAUUCUUUAUUAUAAAAGAGAAUGAUUAGACAAAUAUUGGGAUUUAGUAAUUUAAAAGAUUAUUUGAAAUUAACCCAAAGGAUUAUUUGGCUAUGCAUUAUUAAGGUUAUCUUUUAAUUUUAAUUUAGGAUUCUGUUUUUAUAUUGAAUUAAAAUAUGAUUAAGCAAUUUAAUGUUUUAAUGAAGCCAUAAAGAUAAAUCCAAAGCUAUUUGAAUCAUAUUUUUUGAAAGGUAGAAUAUGAAGAUUAUAAAAAGGUGAAUCCUUAUUUAAAAAGUUAGAGUUUUAAGAUGCAUUGGAUUGUUAUAUAAAUGCAAGUAGGUGUGAAGAAUUUGAUAAUGAAAAAGUAAAUUUUCAUAAAGGAAAUUUAUAUUUAUUUUUACUAAAAUUUGAUAGAGCGAUAAUAGCCUAUCAAGAUGCUAAGUCAAUAGAUUUAGCUUCUAUUAUGAAGGCUAUAAUAGAUUGGUAUAAAAAAAAGAAUUAAGAAGCAUUAGUUGAGGCUGAAAGAAAAAAGGAUAAAUAUAAGGAACUCUUUUUUAUGCUAAGUAAAUGAUUUAGAUAAAAUUUAGGUAGACUUUAUAAUGAAUUCAAUAAUAAAUAAUUUACUUAAUAUCAUUUAGAACAAUUUAAGAAAAUGAAUUAGGAAGACAUUAAUAAUUUUCAUAAGGGAAAUUACUAAAAUGGUAAAGUUUUUAUUAAAUUUAUGGAAAGGAAUUUUUUAAGUUUUGAAUAAUUACCUGAUAGUAUUAACUUUAAUCAUAUGAUAUUUAAUAGGAGAAUAUGAAAUAUUGAAAUAUGCUGCAUGGUUCUUAGAUUUACAUACUAAAGAGAUUAGUUUAUAUAAAGUAUAAUGGAAAUUUCCAAAAUUCUUUUAUUAAUCACUAAAAAUUAUAUAAAAUAAAAUUAUUAAUGAAGAAUAAUUAAAAUACAUUGGCAAAUAUCCAGUAAUUUGA